AGAAAAAUCUGAGGGGUUAUGGCCAUGGACAUGGCCCUCUGUGCAUGUCUUAUCAACUUUACUUCAUCUGUAUAUGUGGGUCCAUUAUUUCAUCUCCAUACUUCAUUUUAUCUUCUUCUUUUCUUCUAUUUUUCCCAGGAAAAAGAAAAAAAAAGAAAAAAGAAAGAAGAAUAAAAAAAUGGCAGAAAGGAAUCAACAAUGGCCUGAUAACAUCCCAUGGAACGUUAAGCUCUUCAUACACGCCCUAUCCUUCGGUCUUGAUAUCACCCGUCGCUCUGAUGGCAUUGUCAAUCGUUGUCUCAUGAGCUUCUUCGACAUAAAAGCAUCUCCUUCCAAGAAACCAAUCAAAGGAGUCAUGAGCGCUGAUAUCACCGUUGACAAAGCUCGAAACCUUUGGUUCCGCCUCUACACACCCACCACCAUCACCACUGAUGAUGGUCUUCCUGUUAUUUUCUUCUUCCACGGCGGUGGUUUUGCCUACAUGUCAGCUAACUCGAAGCCUUAUAAUGACUUCUGCUACCAGCUUGCUAGAGAACUCUCUGCUAUCAUCAUCUCUGUCAGCUACCGGCUUGCUCCUGAGCAUCGUUGCCCCACCCAAUACGAAGACUGUUUCGAUACUAUGAGGUUCAUAGACAGUACAGGAAUUGAGCAAAUUUCAAGCAUCGCCAAUCUGAAACAGUGUUUUAUUGCUGGAGAUAGUGCUGGUGGGAAUUUGGUGCAUCAUGUAGCGGUCAAGGCUAGCGAGUAUGAGUUUUCUAACAUAAAACUGAUUGGCAACAUAGUCAUCCAGUCAUUUUUUGGAGGCGAAGAAAGAACCGAGUCUGAAUUGAGGCUCACUAGAGCUCCAUUUGUGACCAUGGAGCGUGCAGAUUGGAUGUGGAAGGUCUUCCUGCCAGAGGGCUCGAACAGGGACCACUGGGCGGCUAAUGUUUUCGGGCCGAAUAGUUUGGUUGAUAUUUCGGGUGUUAAGUUUCCGGCAACGAUUGUGUUUGUCGGGGGAUUUGAUCCUCUACAAGAUUGGCAGAAGCGGUACUACGAAGCAUUGAAGAAAUUUGGGAAAGAAGCAUAUUUGGUGGAGUACCCGAAUGCAUUUCAUACUUUUUAUGCUUAUCCAGAAGUGGCGGAGGCUUCUUUGUUCUUGAAGGAAGUGAAGAAUUUUAUGCAGAAGCAAUCAGCAAUAGCAACUAAUAUUUGAACCAUUCUUUUCAAUUUUGUAAUUUGAAAAAGAUAAAUUUGGUUGUACUUGAACCAAGAAUAAUAUACUGCGAUUACUAGA